AUCUUUUAUAGUUGCAUUUUGGGAUGAUUGUAAAUCGUAUUCACACAUGACACAAAUGUAUGGUUUUAGCACAACUGAACACAGUGAGGAAACAAUUUAUUGCAGCUAAAGUGCACAGGGUGAAAUGGGACACAGGUGGCAGAAAUGACACGAUUAACAGACAGAUCGGAAAACACUUAUAGUGACGCCUAGCAUCUAAAAAACACAAAAUUCUGACAAUAUUGCAGGAAUACAUUUACAUAAACCUUUCAGCUUGAUAUACAGCUAAUGUUAGUGCUUCUCUUAUGUAAAGAAGAUCAUUAAAGAAGAUCAGGGUGAUGUGGAGUUUAUCUGCUGUACAGUUUAAUUCAAGUUAAAGUUGUCAUUCUUGCUUUGUUUUUGUUUUGUUUUGUUUUUUGGAUUGUAUAAGAACAGGAAAAACCUCAUCAAGUUACCUAUGAAACCCAAAAGUCACCUAUCCUCAAGAGUUUCCUAUGAGGGACAAAACUACCCAACCAUUACAAAGUGCUGGCUCUGCAGAUUCUGUGUAUAAAGGGACUGGAUGUCUCGAAUAGCAGUAUUGAGGAGGAAUGUGGCGGGACGGUGAGGGUGAAAGGAGCCAUGCCGACACUGUGGAAGCGUAUCGUGUUCUCGUUGGGCUCCAUACUGAGCAUCGGCUCGGUGGUGCUGCUGGUUGUUGCGCUCUCCACCGAGCGCUGGAUUACUGCCACCAUCCUGUGUCAAACUGGGGUUGAUUUGGUGAAUGCAUCGAAUCCAGAGCUUGAGCAGUUCACUGGAGAUAUUUACUACGGACUCUUUCAAGGUGGCAAAACGAGGAGAUGCGGUCUGGGAAGUCGUCGUUUUAAAAUUUACAUUUUCCCAAAACUAAUUAGGAAAGUCAACAGUGGUCUUCAUAUGAUCAUAAUCUUCUUCCUCUUCUUUGCUAUUGGCUUUGCAUUGGUCAGUCUGGCAUUCUACAUUUACAACGCCAGAAAAGUGCCUUACCAGUCCAUCAAAGGACCUUUAGGUCUCUAUCUCUGGAACCUCAUAGCAGCUCUGUUCUGCUCUCUUGGCUUUGCCUGUUUCAUCGCAGCAGUUCGGUGUCAUCGGUUAACGGAGCGCGUGGCGAACUUUCAGGAGAAUCUGUUCCACCUAGUGGUUUUAGAAGAAAAACUGGGAUUCUCGUUUUGGCUCUGUGUGGCCAGCUCUGUCUCACAUGGAGCCAAUGUUUUGGUGGUUGCUUCAAGCAGAAUUCAUCUGCCCAAAAUACAGACCAAAAAACCAGAGGAGCCAACUGCCACAGGAGACGAUUUACUGUACUGAAACAAAAAUCUCCAGGACUCCAGGGAAAAAAGAGAGCAAUACUGGAGUACUGAAGUCUGCAAACUAGGUGUCCUUUAUAUAUUAUAAAUUGUAAACAAAAAGUGUUUCAUUGUCGAUAUCGAAAUACAUGUCUAAUACACACACAUCUGAGCCACUACAUCUUGACUGGAAUCAUCAUAACUGAGUACAGGUAAGCAUUUAACAUAGCACAGCUUCUAUUUCUUUUAUAAAAUUGGCGUGUUGGCCAGCAAUCCACAUCAUAUGCCACAGUGAUAUAUUCCAGUGUCAGGGUUAUCAAUCAAAGCAUAUCUAUAACUGUGAAAAGAAUUUUGUUUGUGGGAACAAAUCUCAGACAAUAUGCAGAGGAGUGCCAGUGAUCUCAUGACACACUUUUGCCUUUGCACUCAACCUGCAUUAGCCCCAUAUUUAUCCUCUUCAGAGAAAUCCUCUCAGUCUGGUGACUUUAUAAGUGACUAGAGGGCCAUUAAACUGUCAAAAUGACACAUUCAGGCCCUUAGCCUGGAAUUAUUAAUGAUGGCCCAGAUUCCUAUUAGUGUCCUCAUGGGAACAAUUUAAUACAAUUUUAAAUUGUAAUUAAAUAUAUAAUAAAAAUGGCUCUUGU